GAUUUGAUGCGAGAUAUUGUUAAUAUUUUGGGUCCCUUCUUUGAAGUUACAGAAUUACUCGGUGGUUCCGAAUAUAUUACAUUUUUCUAUAUGAUCCCCUCUAUUUUAGGAUUGAUGGAUAAGUUGGAUUGCUCUACAGACCAUUUAGAUGAAUUGAAUAACAUAAAUUUUGAAAUGCCUGACCUAGUAUUCGACAAUAAUGUUGGAUUUGUUGAUGCACAGGAAGAAGAAGAAGGUGGUCCUAAAGGAAGAAAAAUUAAAAUCAAUACACCUAUUGACGUUACUAAUAUGCAGCACAAAAUUAAGAAUGCAUUAUAUAAUGCACUCUUACACUAUUGGGAUUUUUCAGAUGAAGAAUUAUUCCUUGCAUACCUUCUGGAUCCGAGGUUUAAAAAAUUAAGAUUUGCAACAUCAACUCAACAACUCCAAGCGAAAGCUGCCCUUCGAGAAAAAUAUAAUAAUAUUAAAUCACUUCAAUCUUCACUAACCCUAACAAACCAGCCUUUAGAUUUUAAUGAACAACUUUCAGCUGAAAAUAAUCAGAGAGAACGCCAAAUCUAUCAAAAAACAUUCAUCAAAUCAAUUUUUAUGCAAAAUACUGUUGAUGAGCCAAUUGAUGAAAUUAGUCAUUAUCUUUCUUUACCUGAAAUUUUCUACAAUCAUAAUCCUUUUCACUGGUGA